AAUAUUUAUAUUUGUGCUGGCACUAUUUUUAUCAGUUAUCGAUUUAUCGUCAACUCUGUCGUUACUUAUCAUUGUUCAAAGGAUAAAUUCUACUGAUACACCAAAUAUUUGUGAUUUUAAAGUCUAAUAAGCAAAUACUAGCAAACCAUUUAAACUGCUCAAUACAUAGUGAACCGUCAAACAACUUUAAUUUAAAAUAUGAUUAACAUGUGUAAAAUCAUAUUAUGCUUGUUAUGUUUUAUUGUAUGUAUACUAACAUGUUUAUCAUCUAAUGUACCAAUCGUAAAAAUUGACUCUGGUGAAAUUUCUGGUGGAUAUGAAUAUACUUGGAAUGGUAGAAAGUUAUACUCUUUUUUGGGCAUACCUUAUGCAAGUCCUCCAGUGGAAAAAUAUCGUUUCAAGGAACCUCAACCUCUUAAACCCUGGUCAGGCGUUUGGAACGCCACUCUUCCUGGAAGUCCUUGUAUAGGAACUGACUAUAGUUCCAUAAAUGAGAAUAUGAUUGGUCAGGAAGAUUGUUUAUACCUCAAUAUUUAUACACCAAAGUUACCAGACUAUACAAAGACUUCUGAUUUAAUGAAUGUAGUAGUGUUCAUACAUGGUGGAGCAUUUAUUAGUGGCCAAGGCAGUAUCUAUGGUCCGCAAUAUCUUUUAGACAGUAACAAUUUUGUGUUCGUAACAAUAAAUUACCGUUUGGGUGUUUUGGGAUUUGCGUCUACUGGCGAUCAUGUUAUACCCGGAAAUAACGGAUUGAAAGACCAAGUUUCAGCAUUAAAAUGGAUACAACGAAACAUCAAAGUUUUCGGUGGUGAUCCUGAUAGUGUCACCAUUACCGGCAUGUCAGCUGGUGCAAGCUCCGUUCAUUAUCAUUUGAUUUCACCCAUGUCACGUGGGUUAUUUAAUCGAGCAAUACUUCAAAGUGGAAGUGCUUUUUGUAACUGGGCUUACACUGAAAAUGUUGUUCAAAAGACUAAAUUUGUUGCCAAUAUAUUGGGAUGCCAAACAAAUAAUUCGAUGGAUAUUGUUAGAUGCCUUCUUUCUAGACCUGGAAAAUCUAUAGCCGAAUCUGUUUCACAUUUCACGCAAUGGAAAGGCAAUCCUUUUACACCGUUUGGUCCAACUCUUGAAUUCGAGGGAAAAGAAAAAUUCUUACCCGACAUCCCGGAGAAACUUGUUCCAUAUGACAUACCAGUGCUCGUAAGCACUACACAAGAUGAAGGACUUAUUUUUAUUGCUUUGAAGGAAUUUAUAGAUGAACUAAAUAGUAAUUGGGAUGAAUGUAUACCACACCUAUUGGAUUAUAAUUAUACAAUUUCAAAUGAAUAUCUAAAAACUAAAGUUGCACAAGAUAUAAAAAAGUUCUAUUUUGGCGAUCAAAUGGUAUCCACGAAAACCAUGAGUAACAUUAUAAAAAUGAUUUCAGAUAGAUUGUUUGGAUAUGCUAUAAGUAAUGCUGCACAACAUAUAGCUUCAAAAAAUUCCGCUUCCGUUUAUUUUCAUGAAUUUGGAUAUAGCGGUAACUAUUCUAUUUUAGCUGAUAUAAAUCCCAAUUUUGAUUCUCGAGGUUCAGGAGUAUGUCAUGGCGAUGAAACCAUGUAUGUAAUAAGUAUGGCCGGUAAAAAUGUUCAUCGCAAUGAAAAAGAUACAAAUAUGAUGAAAACUAUGGUUACUAUUUGGGCAUCCUUUAUUAAAAAUGGAAAACCUUAUAUAGGGGACAAGGUAAAUUGGUUGCCUGUUUCAAAAAACUUCAGAGAUCCUUUAAGAUACAUUAAGAUAACUCAAAAUCAAACUUUUGAAGUUAAAGAACAACAAAACCACGGAAAUUUAUUAUUUUGGAACAGUUUACCAUUAAACGAAUUUGAUUUAAUUAAUAUGAAAGAAGAUAGAAGACAUAUUGAGUUAUAAAAAACCGUGUAAUCUAGCAUAAUAUUUCUUUUUAUUAAAAAAUAAAUAACUAGGAAACGGAUUUUAAUUUAGUACAAUAUUAAAAAUAUUU